AUGGAUGAGUGGGACCUGCCACAGUGGAAGAAGGAGGUGGAAAGCCUGAAGUACCAGCUGGCCUACAAGCGGGAGAUGUCCUCAACGAUACCCGAGUUUGUGAAGUGGAUCGAGGACGGCAUUCCAGAAGACCCCUUCCUCAACCCGGAGCUGAUGAAGAACAACCCCUGGGUGGAGAAAGGCAAAUGCACCAUCCUCUGA